AUCAAAGUCCCGAUUUUUCCAGAAACCCACGACGUAGUUCUCUCGUCACUCUCAUCUUCGACGAACGCUUCUUUAGCCUCUUGGUGUGUUAGCGCUUGGCACACAUGGAUUCGAGCAGGCACCAAAAUGGAAUUCAACUCUUGUUAACUGCAGAGCAAGAAGCUCAGCAGAUAGUGAAUGCUGCCCGUAACGCAAAAUUGGCUCGACUUAAGCAGGCCAAGGAAGAGGCUGAGAAGGAGGUUGCUGAAUUUCGUGCUCAAAUGGAAGCUAAUUAUCAGAGGGAACUUGCAGAGACAAGUGGAGAUUCGGGUGCGAAUGUGAAGCGACUAGAGAAGGAAACGGAGGUGAAAAUUGAACAGUUAAAGAUGGAGGCAGACAGAAUAUCACAUGACGUUGUUGACAUGCUUCUGAAGCUCGUCACCUCUGUCAGAUACAACAACAUUAUUCUUCAACCCAACGGUGGAUGUUAUGCAUAGAGGAAUCACUUCGCACCGCACCAUGUCACUUAAUUGUCGCCUAUUUUUGUCUGGUGUGCACCACACAUAUAUUAUAUAUAUACACAUAUUAGUUGUAUACCCGUACGUACAAUGCAACGGGAUGUA